AAGACGCCCGCUAAUUUUUGUUUGCUUCACAACGACGCAACGACGUGUGUAAGAAGAAAUCCACCUAAAAUUGAGAUUUAACAUCCUGUUUAGGUUAUGAGCAGAGGUUGUGUUGUUAAUCUUCUUGUUAGCACGACGUCUAUUUCUGUUUUUGUAAAGGCAACGAUGUUUUCCGUGGGUGAUUCCCAAAGCAGCAUUCGAAAACUGGAGAGUCUCCUGAGAGUUAUAAAAUACCCCGGAUGUGUGAACUACAGUGGGCUUGAUAAAGGAGAUCCUAUAGCUUUUCUUCCAAUAUUGAGCUUCAGCCUCACCUCCUUCUCUCCACCUUUUGCUGAGAGUCUCGUUGCAGUUGGACUAGAACUGGCCGGCAAAACUGACCUGCGCUUUACUGACACUCUGUAUAAGGUGCUACGAGAUGUCUUUCACUAUAAGCCCAUGCUCUCCAAACAGCAGUUCCUCCAGUCCGGUUUCUCUCAAAGGAAGAUUUCCUUCACCUGUGACAUCAUUAACCUGGUCCUGCAGAGACACUGCCAACUGAAGAAGGUUUCCAGGAAGGCAUUUGUUGUGGAUCAUGAAGAAAACCGUGUCAGGAUCUCAAAUUCAUCUCUGAAGGAAACAUUGUCCUCUCAUAAUGUAGCAUGUGUCUCUCACACUGAAGUAAAUUCCUCAUUUAUUUCUGACGAGACCAAAUCGCAGCCAAAAAGAGAGAAGUGCAAAGAAAGCCUCCUCUACGUAUCAGAGGUGGAAGGAAGACUCUCUGCACCGGAAGCUCAACUGGAGUCUCGCUGGUCUCAGCUGCACAAGAUGGGUUGUUUAGAGAAACGUCUGGAGAAACUUCACAUGUAUAAAGACACAGAGAAGGAUGAUGUCUCUGUGGCAUGUCGGUUACCUGCUUCAUCCCAUACUUUCAGUUCCAUUUCUGGAGGGAAACAACAGGAUGACCUUAAGGAAAGGUUGGAAAGGAUCAGCAACAUGCUGAAGAACUCCUCCAGUCAGCUGCAGAAACCAGUGCCUGCAAACAAAUUCUGAUGGACAAUGAGCCUCACACAACACUACACUGUUGGUUGAAAUAUGUCACUUUUAUAUACUUUUUAUUUUGCCUUGUAACUUUUGUUUUUUUAGAAAUGUAUCACCAACUCAUGGAAGAUUUUACUAAUAAAAUUUUAAAGUGUA